CGCGUACGACGACGACGCUGCGCGGCUCAUCCGCUGCUGCACAUCAAAACCCGUGUGUUGUGUCAAAAAUCGCGUGUGGUGAUUAUUAGAGCAGCGAGGUCCCUUCUCGCGGAUGAUGCUACCGAUACAGGAGAGGUGAUCGUACAUUCGGGCGCGUCAGUAAUAAAUUCAACAAUGGCCAAUAAUUCAAGAGGAAUACCUCGCAUACAGGUCUUUCGACCAACGUAUGAGGAAUUUAAAAAUUUCACAAAAUAUGUGGAAUAUAUGGAGAGUCAAGGAGCUCAUAAAGCUGGUUUGGCAAAAGUAAUACCGCCACCUGAAUGGGUCCCAAGGAAAACGGGCUACAACUUAGACGAGCUAGAUCUCACUAUCCCAGCGCCAAUCUGUCAAGUUGUCACUGGAAAGCAAGGGCUUUAUCAACAAAUCAAUAUUCAAAAGAAAUCAAUGACCGUCCAAGAAUAUAGUAAAUUAGCCAAUUCUGAACGUUAUGUUACUCCUCGUCAUUUUGAUUACGAGGAUCUGGAGAGGAAAUAUUGGAAAAACAUAACAUAUGUAGCACCGAUAUAUGGUGCAGAUGUGUCUGGUUCUUUGACUGAUCCUGAUGUAAAGGAAUGGAACAUCAAUCACUUGGGAACGAUUUUGGAUUAUGUUAAUAAAGAUUAUGGUAUAUCCAUUGAUGGAGUCAAUACAGCUUACCUGUAUUUUGGAAUGUGGAAAACCACAUUUGCAUGGCAUACGGAGGAUAUGGAUCUUUAUUCUAUAAAUUAUCUUCAUUUUGGUGCGCCCAAAACAUGGUAUGCCAUACCUCCAGAACAUGGACGUAGAUUAGAGAGAUUAGCCAGUGGUUUUUUUCCAUCGAGUUAUCAAAGCUGCCAGGCUUUCUUGCGCCAUAAAAUGUCUCUAAUAUCUCCUCAAAUAUUAAGACAAUAUUCUAUUCCAUGUAAUAAGAUAACACAAGAAGCUGGAGAAAUAAUGAUUACAUUUCCAUAUGGUUAUCAUGCUGGUUUUAAUCAUGGAUUCAAUUGUGCCGAAUCCACCAAUUUUGCAGCACCUAGAUGGGUAGAAUAUGGGAAGAGAGCCACACAAUGUUCGUGUAGUAAAGACAUGGUCAAGAUAUCUAUGGAUACUUUUGUUAAACGCUUUCAACCAGAGAGGUACGAUUUAUGGCUACGUGGUGAAGAUAUUGGUCCCCAUCCUGAAGAUCCUAGGCAAACUGCUGCACCAAUGCCGUCGCAAAUGGAUCUAUUGUGUAGCAGCAGUAACAAUGGUCAAUUGCCACAAAGCUAUCUGAAUGCAGCACCGAAAAAUAAGCGACACAUGAUUCAUAAGAAAAAAAUUAUUGACACAAAUUCUGGUGUUAAUAUGGAAGAAUUAGUGAAUCGUGUGGAUAUUCCUGCGGAUAUUAAAAAAGCUUUGCAAGAUCUCGAAUUUGAAGAAAUAGAGGAGCCAUUAGAUGAGCCAGACGAACAACAGUUGCAAGUUUUAGAAGAUAUCUGGUUAAAAGCAGGAGAAAUGGAUGUUGAGGAAGCGUCUGUGUAUGAUGAUGGUUAUAAUCGCAAGAAGAGCAAAAAAAAGAAGAGAAAACAAAGUGGAAGUAGAGAAAAAAAAUUGAAGAUGGAAUCAAAAUCUAAAAAGGAAGCUAAAAUUAUUAAUACACAGAAUGUGGAUGAUGUAAUUAAAAUUGAAAUAAAAACUGAAGUUGAAGACAUAAGUACUUUUGAAGAUAUAUCCCAGGAAAAUAGCGAUGAAAUUCCUGUGAUUCAAGGAAAUUACAAUGACAAUAUUAUAAUAGAAAACGAACCCACGGAAGAUCCUCUAAAAAUAGAUUUUGAAUCUGUCGAUAAAUCUACCAAAAAGAGGAAAAAGCAUUCGAGUCACAGUGGGCAGAGGAAAAUAAGAUUUAAAAAUUUCAAAGGUAAAUCUAAACAUGAUAAUAUACCAUUCUAUGGUCAUCCUUUAGAUAUGUCAAAUGCUAAUGUACAACAUAAAAAUAUGAUGCUACCUGAGCUUCAUAGUGUUCAUACUGUAAAAGAUAUAUCUAACAAUGAAGAAAAAGUCAAUGCAUUAUCUGAAAAUAUUUCGUUUGAUAAUGAACAUUGUAUGACAAAUAUGAAAGAUAAAACUACUAUAAAUAUAACUAAUAGUAAUCAAAUGACAAAUUUUGACUGCAGCAAUGACAAUGGCACAGAAAUAGUAAUGAAUAAUACAGUGGAAAAUAAAGCGAUAAAUACUUGUUUCUUAAAAGAUAUCAAAAAUAAUACUUGCAAAAUAAUACUAAAUCCUUCCCUAAUGAAAAAAAAUUAUAAUGCUAUAGUACAAAACAAUUCUGGAUAUCAAAAUGAAAGUACAAAAGCUAUUAUUCAUGCGAAACCGGAUACAAAACUCAAACCUAUAAUGCCCAUGGAAUAUGGAGCAAUAAAAAAUAAGAAUUUGAUCAAACCAUCUCGAUUAAGUAUACUACCUCAAAUACCAAUGAGAGUUUCACAGCCUGAAAAUACUGCUGCAAGUCAAAACACUUUGUUGCAUCAAACUAUGGAUAUUACGAUCUUGCCAGAUCCUUCUGCGUUUAUUUCAAACAAUCCUCCGGUUUUAGAGAAUGAGAAUGAAUUAGAAGCGUCCCACGUUGGAAAUGAUAAUACAUUUAGUAAUAGUUUACCGCAGUUGGAUAAUUUUUCGCCUGGCAUUGCUUCAAUUAAAUCAGAAGACAACUUCUUACUUUCCAACAAUUACUUAAAUCGACCAAUGUUUAAUCAACUCAACAACAAAAUGAGAUCGGAAAGAACUACAUCUGUGGAAAGCGGAGGAAAGAAAUUCUGGACAGACAAUCAGUAUAUCCGUCAUUCGGAAACUGAGUCUAAACCGGCGCCUAGAACGGUGAAUAAAGGCAAUAUUCAAAUUCAAAAACCUCCUAUUCAAAUACCUUAUGUACCAAAUACGAUGUUGUCACCCUCUUCAGUCAUACGUAAUUAUUCUUCACCCACAUCUAUUAAUAACAUGACAUAUCUUCAAAAUUCUAAUGCAUUGGCCAUCAUAAAUUCUGCAUCUGCAAUUGUUCCAAAUAUCUCGAAACAAGCUACUACCAAGAAUGCGACGCGCCAAAAGUCGCAAAAGAGACAAACCUCACGUAAAAAAUCAUCUUCGAAGAACGACAAAUCGAAUAACAACACAUUUAUGAAUACAUCUCGAACAAAUGUUACGAGUACCUCCAUCGGAACGCAAGUCAAUAAUCCUAUCGACGUGUCUGCAUUGAACUAUAAUCUGUCUAAUGAGGACAACGUUUCAUCGCAAAUUACAAAUACGCAAGAUACAAUAUGGAAUAGGUAUUCCUUGAUUGAGAGGAACUCUGCUGUAGGUGAUGUGCAACUUAACGAGAGCGAAAAUAUAUCAAGUUCAAAUAUAUCCGACAAUACAGAAGACUCGAUAAAAAUAUCAAUUAAUACUCAUCCACAUUUAUCCUCCUCUAAAGAAAAACAAAUAUCUAUCUUGAGAAAGAAGCCCAAAGAAAAGUUGAAGAAAUCUACAACGAGAAAAAAGCAAAUAACAGCGACUAUUGCUCCUGCGCUUGAAAUUACGAGAGAUCAAAACGACGCAAAAUCAACGCAAUCCAUCGAUGUGUCGCAAUUCAGUUGCAGUUCCCAACCAAUCACGUCGAUGAUACCGGGACACAUUUCAGAGAUGAUUUAUCCGAAUAUACCAAAUAAUGAUCUGCUGAGAGCGUUCAAUAAUUAUUGGAGCGCUCAAGUCUCUCAUUGUGCAAUAUGCGCUACUUUUGCCUCGUGUACGAGUGGAAACAGCAGAGUGAUGCCACCUGAUUGGAGAUAUUGCCAAUCGACUACGUUACCUGAAAACACGCCGAUAUGGGUGUCUGCCAAUAUUUUUGCGGCCAAUUCCAAGGAACAGGCUAUGGAGCCGGAAAACAACAAACUUUUACGGUGUAGAGAAUGCCACGUGACUGUUCAUGCAUCCUGUUACGGCAUAACUAUAUUACCUAAGGAUAUUCGAAAUUGGGCCUGUGACAGAUGUAAGGCUGGUAGAAACGAUGUGAUGUGUUGUUUGUGCCCGAUGUUCGGCGGUCCUUUGAAACGUACCAGCGAUAGCCGAUGGGCACACAUCUUGUGCACGCUUAUGGUACCGGGAGCCACUUUCAAAGAUGCCAUAAAUAAAGAUCCCAUCAAUGUGUUAACGAUUAUGGCGGAUUCGUGUCACAAGAAGUGUUGCUUCUGUGGGCAAGAUGGUGGAGCGUGCCUGAAGUGUAAUCAAUGUACCAACGUGUUUCAUCCGUCCUGCGGUCUCGCGGCGGGUGCCACGUUUAUCAUACCGGUAUACAACUCGCAGGAACUACAGGUAACAUGUAACGGACAUGACGAAGGCAAAGGGAAAAUACCACAAAUACGGCAGGGUGAGGUUGUUUGGGCAAAACAUCGAAAUACCAGAUAUUAUCAAGCCAAAGUCAAGUCUAUUCAGGACAUUCUUUUUUACAUGGUUACAUUUAACGAUAACAGCUUCAGCGAUGAUUUGUUUCCCUCUGAUAUAAUCAAUUACGAUCCUGGAAAUACACCACCACUCGGAGCCGCUGUAACUGUAAACUGGACAGAUGGGCAAAAAUAUGAUGGUGUCUUCGAAGGUACAAAUCAUCAGAUAAUGUUUACUGUGAUUUUCGAGGAUGGCUCGCAACUUGUUUUAAAACGCAAUGAAAUUUACAGUUUACAUGAAGAUAUGCCAAAAAGAGUGCGUUCCCGUUUGUCUAUUGCGACUGAAAUGAAGCAUCGAUCUCAUCUUUAUGGCUUAGAAGAUGAAACGGAGGCGCAAAGAAAAGCGAAAUAUACAAUGAAAGUUCACGAUUGAGGAGAGAUAUAGUUUUUAAAUCGCCACUAAACAAAAGAAUAAUCUUUUGAAAGACUUUUUCCAUCGCAUCGCUCAAACGAACAGCAUCUCUCCAAGCACGUGCGUUAAAUCUUAAUAUUAGCCAAUAAAAUGCUUCACUAUCCAAAUUGCCCCGCUGUACUCUAUUUAUAUAACUGCUGUUUCGACGGCACCAAUGAAAGAUAUUUAAGUAUUACAGUUUCGACAAAACUCUUUCGGCCCGAAGCUAAAUUGUAUUUACAAAAAUAUUGUAUUGUUUAAAAAUUUAAAAAAAAUAAAAUUCUGGAGACAUAAAUUAGAGUUCUGAAAU